AGUUUUAUCUGUGGCUGACUCGUUAGUCAAUCAGUUGUGCAGGGAUGAGACAUUCUUAUUUGAAGCAUAGUAGCAUGCAGUUAAGCUUUUCAAAGAAUGAGAUCCGUUUUCUGUGUAUUUCGGAGAAGCUGUCUAGAACACUUUAUUAUGGAGAUAGAAAGACUAAUGUAUAAUACUGUCUUCUUCUUAUAGUAUUGAAGAGUUAGAAGAAAUUUUAAAGGGUUCUUAUUUCUCUUAUGAACCGGCCUUGUUAACCGUGGCCGCAGAGGUUGCUGGAUGGUAAUGGAAGAGUGCGAGUUCGAUGCACUCAGCGAUCGUGCAUCUCCUACUAAUCGGGAAGUCGGUGCUCAAUGUGGUGCCCUUCAUUAUCUACAUCUACGUACCUACGCCGCAAGCCACCAUCAGCUGAAAAGAGAGCGAGGGAAUAACGACAGUCUAUAUGACACGUGAACUGCCGUGAUGGCUCUUCGCUACGUCCUCCUGGUGGCCAUGCUGCUCUUCUUCUGCUGCCUGCUGCCUCAGGAGUCACACACGCUGGGACGACUGCCCAAAGCAUACAGGCCCCCGCCGCACCUGCCGCUGGAGGGCGGUCUGUCGCGGAACGCGCGGCUGUGCGGCGCCUCGCGGCUGCUGGACGGUCUGGUAUCGGGUCCCGAGUCGCUGGCCGAGCGCCGGGGUCAGCUCUUCACGGGCCUCAACGGCGGCCACGUCGUGCGCAUAGACCCGCUCACCGACCAGGUCACCUCCGUCGCCAAGUUCGGCAGGUCCUGCGAAGGCCCCUGGGAUGAAGAGGCGUGUGGCAGACCGGCGGGAGUCAAGUUCGCCAGCGACGGCACUCUCAUUGUUGCCGACAUGUACUACGGACUCUUCAGGGUGGACGUCGACACAGGGCAGUCGUGGCAGCUGGUGUCGGUGAACCAGACGAUCGCCGGCAGGAGGCCCGGGCUGCCCAACGGCGUGGAGACGGCUCCCGACGGCUCCAUCUUCUGGUCGGACUCCAGCACCGCCGCCAACUUCCGCAACGCCAUCGUCGAGUUCCUGGACGACGCCAGCGGCAGGGUGCUGCGACUGGACCCAGAGACGGGCACCAACACCGUCUUGGCCGACGAACUACGCUUCCCCAAUGGACUGCUCUUGACACCUGACCAGAGCCACCUGUACAUCGCGGAGACUGGCCGCAACAGGAUUCUCAGGUGCCGGCUGUCGGACGGGUCGGUGUCGACGCUGGUGGAGGGCCUGCCGGGCGCGCCGGACGGACUGCGGCCGGGCCCGAGCGGCGCGGGCGUCCUGGCGGCGCUCAUCUCCACCGACACGCCGUCGCGCGCCACUCUGCCAGAGCUACUGGCGCCACUGCCCAAGGCGCGCGCGGCGCUCCUGCUGCUCCUGCGCGCCAACCGGGCGCUGCUCGCCACAGCCAACACCGCGCUACCGUUGCAGGCCACGCGCAGGAUCACGCACGUGCUUGGACAUACUGAGACUGUAUUCCGAGAGACAAUGGCUCGUAGCAUGGUAGUUUGGUUGGAUGAUGAAGGUAGAAUCUUAACAAGCCUGCAGUGUCCUUCUGGAACUACACGCUACAUUUCAGAAGCCAUUGUUGUGGGUAAUAAUAUUUACCUAGCAUCACCAUUCAACAAUUAUAUCGGACACCUUCCCACCGAAUCUCUGUUAUCACAGCUCUGAUGAUAUACAACUAUUCUCAAGAAUAAAAACUCUGCUCAGUGUAUUGACAACCUAAAAUAAAUAUAACAUUGCUGCACAUAUGGGGUCACUGCAUCUCCUUGGAAAGGAGCAGCAAAAAUGAUGGUGCAAUACUAUCAUUUGAGAUGUGCACUUGCUCAAUAUACCCCAAGGACGUCAAGACAUUUAGUCAUCUUGCCAUAGGUGAUGUUGUGCAUUGUGUCUGACCGUGUACUGAACAGCAAUGCAGAAGUGUGGGUUCAAGUGGCACCACAGACUAGAACUGAUAACUUAUAUAAUUUGAUUUGGAACACUUCACAUACUUAAAUGAUUUUUGCCAUCACAGUACAUACAGCAUUGGCUUGGGCAAAUUUAUAUUACAGUUACUGUUGCAAAAUGAUCAGUGCCAUAAGCUGUUUACAACCAGCUGUGCUGAAUAUUUUUGUUUGAGAAAUCAUGUGCUGGUGAUAAUAUUUUAGAAUAUAAUAUAAGUAGCCAGAACUCAUAUGUGAGUGUUGGGACUGACAGGUAAUCUUAUGUGACAGUUAUGAGUCUGCAACUAAAAUAAUUGUAAUACAUUUCUUUGUGUUAUCAUUUUGUAAAACUUUUUAUCAAGACUUUAGAGUGCUUAUAAAGUACAAAUACUGUUUAUGUAAUAUAGCUUCUUUGUAGUGUAAUAGAAUACAAAGUUCUGAAUUUUGUCAUUUUGAUGUCUGUCUUUUUUACAAUAAACUGCUUUUCAUUA